GGUUCACUUUGCCUCGCCUCGCCUCGUCUCGCCUCCCUCGCUCGUCAUCGAAUGCGGCGAAGAUGUAGUGUGGCUGUUCAGUGGUAGAUUCAGCCUGUUCCAUCGGAACAGUUACCAGUAACUUAACUCGGUUUUACAUACAAGCACCAGCGCCAGCACAAACGGCAGUUUCCCGAACAUCGGUUUGCCAAGGUCCCACGUGGCGCAGCACAUGGCACGUGAUUCAGGACGGCGCUUGCGGUCUCGAGAAUCGUCCGAGAAGGCUGACUACAAGAUGAAUGUUUGGAUCUAUGUUGAAUUCGGUACUCGGUCACGGAAUGACUGGCUGCUUAUGUACAUAUGUGGUAUGAUGUGGGCAUGUGUGGUGGCGUGGACGAGCUGACUUACGGUAUGCCAUCAUCUGACCGGGAACAUUGACUGUCAUGCUUUUAUACUGGAGAUGCGACGGGGCUGCUUGCGC